ACAAAGGCAGUAUUUUUCAACAAUGUCCAAAAUUAGAACAUUACAGUCUGGACAGGUGCACUACUCAAUCAUUAACAAACUAGUGGAAUAAUUGGGCUCAGAGCAUUAAAGUCAGUGGGUCAUACUCCAGUUGUGCAGCAGUUACAAAUGGAACACUGCAAUGAUCUAUUCUGGAAUGUGUCCAGGUGAACAUCUUUAUGAGUAAUCUGGAGCAGAUGCAUUAUCAAACAACGCAUGGCACCAAACUGGGGGGAACAGUUGAUACACUCAAGGGCAGGGCUGCCAUUUAGAGGAACUUGGGAGAGCUGGAGGAAAGGGCUGACAGCAAACUUAUGAAAUUCAACAGGACUGGAGCACCUCCCCUACCAAGACAAGCUGAGGAAGUUGGAGCUGUUCAGCCUGGAGAAGAGAUUGUGAGGGCCCCCCUGAAGGAGGCCUACAGGAAAGCCAGAGAGGGACUCUCUGUCAGGAACUGUAGUGACAGGAUGAGGAGUAAUGGGUACAAAUUGAAAGAGAAGAAACUUAGGAUAGAUAUUAGGAAGAAAUUCUUUAUUGUGAGAAUGGUGAGACACUGGAACAGGUUGCCUAGGGAGGUCGUGGAUGCCUCAACCCUGGUGAUGAUCAAGGUCAGGUUGGAUGGGACAUUGCUGCUGGGAGGUGUUCCUGCCCAUGGCAGGGGUGUUGGAACAAGAUGAUCUUUAAGGUCCCUUCCGACCCCUUAACAUUCUAUGAUUCUAUGAACGUGGGCAAGUGCGUUUUUCUCAAGGGAAGGAAAAGCCCCUGCGAACCACGCAGGCAGACUGGGAGACCUUUUUAACAUCAUGGCUGACCUUGCAAGCAGGGGAAUGGACCAGACACCUCCCGAGUUCACUUUCAGACCACGAUAUCCUGAUCUGACAAUCCAAUAAUGUGUCGACUACAGAUAUGGGGAGGGUCACCAGAUCUCUCCCACUAAAUCCUUGGUGCCACGACUCCCGCCAGCUCCCGCCCAGCCGGCAGCACCGCCCCGAGCCCGCCCCUCCACAGCUCGGCGGGCUCGGCGAGGCGGGGCCGGGCAAGGGGAAGAGGAAUAGGAAUAGAAUCCCUUCCGGCGCAGCCCGGCAGCCAUGGCCGAUGAGGAGGAGGACGUGCCGUUCGAAGAGGACGCGGAGGACGCCGGCGGGGGCCUGGACGGCGGGCAGGGCAGGAGGAAGAGGCUGUUCUCCAAAGAGCUAAGAUGCAUGAUGUAUGGAUUCGGGGACGACCAGAACCCUUACACAGAAUCCGUGGACAUUCUUGAGGACCUGGUAAUAGAGUUUAUCACAGAAAUGACACACAAGGCCAUGUCAAUCGGGCGGCAGGGCCGCGUACAGGUCGAGGACAUCGUCUUUCUAAUUCGCAAGGACCCCCGGAAGUUUGCCAGGGUUAAAGACCUCCUUACUAUGAAUGAAGAACUGAAACGAGCCAGAAAGGCCUUUGAUGAAGCAAACUAUGGAUCUUGAUUCUCUGCACAAGCUGCACUGGGGCUUCAUUUGGGCUGCCCAAGUAACGGCAGCUGCCCAGUAAGAAGGAAGAUCGUGUGUGUUGUUUGGAGGGGUUAUUCAGGAUGAAGGUCACUGCUGGGAUGUCUGCCCUCACUCCCAGCCUUUUCUGAGAACUAUUCAAGCAGCUGAAAUGUUAUCUGAUUGUAUGUGGUAUACUUGGGUAUUUUUAUACCAUUUUAGGAAAUGAAAAAUUCCUGUAAUGGCAGGAAGUCUGUUUGAAGUAGGCCUGUGUUGUAUCAGAUGGCUAGAUGGCUGAUGAUACAUGAUUCUCUACAGCUGUUUCAGUUAUCACUGGGUACUCCUGUGAGAGGAAACCCAGAAAAUGGAUCUUGGUUAGCUGGACACAGGCUUCAAGCCCAAACUACUCUAAAAAUUCUGCUUUUUGCUCUGUAUAUGCUCUUUGAAUAAAACAUUUUAAGUUUGUGCCUAC